CUUAGCAGGACACACCAGCAGGCGCGCAGAGGGGCACUGGUUUCAUUUGAUCCUCAUCUCAGAGGAAGCUGCCCUCCUCCACCACCACCACCACCACCACCACACACAGUAAACAUCCUCUGACAGAUGGAGAAACAGGCCGGAGCUGCCGGGGCGGCGGACGGAGCAGGGCCGAACAGAAAGCCCUGGGGCCCGCCGACCUGCGGACCAGCCGCCGGUGAGACUCUGGACAGUCCUACAGGUUCUCAUGUAGAGUGGUGUAAACAGCUGAUAGCAGCCACCAUCUCCAGUCAGAUCUCUGGACCAAUCCCUGACGUGAACAGGGACAACAAGGCCGGGAGAAGACCAGACUUUCUGGUGUCCAAGAGGCUGAAUCCAAGGGAUUCACAGGAUGAAGGGCUUUGUUACCAUGGAGAAAGUGAUUCUGAGCAUCCUUCCAAUUCUUUGAACCUUCCAGCUCUGAGAUACGGGGCGCAAGUCAAAAUGUCCCAAAACCAGGUUCCUCUGCUACCAGGAGAGAACAUCCAGACUACAGUCAAGGAUGUGAUGUACAUCUGUCCAUUCAGUGGGCUGGUUAAUGGGACUCUGACCAUCACAGACUACAAGCUGUACUUCACCAGUGUGGAGAGGGAGUCUCCAUUUACUCUUGAUGUGAACCUGGGAGUCAUCAGCCGACUAGAGACCAUCAGUGUCCCCAACCAAGGAGAGAACACCAAAGGACUGGAGUUGGUCUGCAAGGACAUGAGGAGUCCGAGAUUUGCCUAUAAGACAGAGGAGAGCCAUCCAGAUGUGGUGGAGGUGCUCGCCAAAACUGCCUUUCCUCUCUCCCACAACCUGCCUCUGUUUGCAUACCAGUACAAGGAGCAGUAUCCUGUGGACGGCUGGAAGGUGUAUGACCCCAUGACGGAGUACAGACGUCAGGGUCUUCCUAAUGAGAGCUGGACCAUCAGUAAGAUGAACAGCACCUAUGAACUGUGUGACACGUAUCCCUCCAUCCUGGUCAUCCCCACCAACAUCACAGAUGAAGACAUCAAACGAGUGGCUGUGUUCAGAGCCAAACACCGCAUACCGGUCUUAUCCUGGAUCCACCCCGAGUCUCAGGCCACCAUCGUACGCUGCAGCCAGCCGUUAGUUGGCCCUUCAGACCGUCGCUGUAAAGAGGACGAACGCUUCCUCCAAAUCAUCAUGGACGCCAACGCCCAGUCUCAUAAGCUCAUUAUCUUUGAUGCCCGGCAGAGUAGUGUCGCAGUCACCAACAAGGGGAAGGAUGGAGGGUUUGAAAGUGAGAGCUUCUAUUCCAACGUGGAGCUGAACUUCCUGGAAAUCCCCAACAUCCACGUGAUGAGGGAGUCUCUGAGGAAGAUGAAGGACGUGGUUUAUCCCACCAUAGAUGAAGCCCACUGGCACUCUAAUAUAGACCAGACACACUGGCUGGAGUACAUACGGCUGUUACUAGCAGGAGCAGCAAAGAUAGCUGAUAAACUGGAGUCAGGGAAGACGUCAGUGGUGGUUCACUGCAGUGACGGAUGGGACAGAACUGCUCAGCUCACCUCUCUGGCCAUGCUGAUGCUGGACAGUCACUACCGCACCCUCAGAGGGUUCCAGGUUCUGGUGGAGAAGGAAUGGAUUAGUUUUGGACACAAGUUUGCUGCUCGUGUGGGUCAUGGUGAUGAGAAUCAUGCCAACUCAGAGCGCUCGCCUCUCUUUAUCCAGUUCAUGGACUGUGUCUGGCAGAUGACCCGACAGUUCCCAGCAGCCUUUGAGUUCAAUGAGCUGUUCCUCAUCACAGUUCUGGACCACCUGUACAGCUGUCUGUUUGGUACAUUCCUCUAUAACAGUGAGCAGGAGCGGACAGCUAAGGAUGUUCAGAGCAGCACCAUGUCCCUCUGGUCCUACAUUAACAGCCAGCCUGAGGACUUCACCAACCCCUUCUAUGUGGACUAUGAGGACCAUGUUCUGUAUCCGCUGGUGUCCUCCAGACAUCUGGAGCUGUGGAGCAGCUACUACGCCCGCUGGAACCCACGUAUGAGGCCACAGGUUCCGGUGCAUCAGACUCUGAAGGACCUGCUGAUCCUGAGAGCAGAGCUGCAGAGGAGGGUGGAAGAGCUGCAGAGAGACGCCACCUCCCAUUCCCUGUCCUCCUCCUCUGAACACUCCCCUUCCCCCACACACACAACUGGAACACCACUGCACUCCGCCGUCUGACACACACAGACCAGAAACACACCUACACAUCACUGUCAUACACUCCCACAAGUGUUCUGCAUGUUUUACCCCCCUUACUGCGAUGUUUACAAUGUGAGAGAAAGACAUUCCUACAUUUGUGAAGGAGCAUUUUUUUUGCAAAGUGAAAAGAUCUCAAGAUGUUUGUAAAGUCAAAAGUAUUUAAAGAAGCUAAAGAAUCUAACAGUUCAGUUCUUGCAGUCUCCAUUCCAUUCAAAAUUGCUUAAUCAUUGAAUAAAGUGCCACCAAUUUUAACUGCAGGUAUGUUAUUAGAACUGUUAGCUUUUGUCUCAGGGCUCUGCUUCGUCAGUAUUCCUCUACUUCCUCUCUACAAACACUGCCUCCUCCAAACCUAAAGCACCACACAUAUCUUUUUCCUUUAUUUGUUUAAAAUAUGUUAUUAUAUCUUUACUUUACAUCUCCAUGUGUCAGCAGUGGCUCUACUCCCACAUGUGUGAGUUUCUAUUCUGUGUUUACCAACCAUGUUACUAUAGUGAUGUUUCUUCUGACCAGUGUUUCUCACUAAUCAACCAAACUAGAGCGUCUGUAGUCAGAGCUGAUCUCAGUCUGUAAGUCCUGUUUGACUGUUCCUGUCCUGUUUUUUUUUUACAGCCUGACAGCACACUGUAUUUUUUUAAAAGCAAUACUGAUAUUUGAGGGUUUAAUAAUCCAAUAAUGACUUAUCAGCAUGAUAUCAGUUUUUUUUUUAAAUACAUAGAAAAAUUUGUGUUGACAAGGUUCCUUUAAAUUAUUUAUUUAAAAAAAAAUUGUGACCAAGAUGUGUACAGAGCAGGAUCGUGUCACUGCUACCAUCUGUUGCCUUUUGUGUGUUUUUUCUGCUCUCUUUUGUUGAAAUUUGCCAGUAUUCCUUCUUACCUCUGUGGGGUUUUUUCUUAAGAUUUAUUUUUGGGCAUGUUUGCCUUUUAUUUCACAAUAGAUGGCAGAGAGGCUGGCAGGAGACAGGGAGAGAGGGGGGGGGGGACAUGUGCUGUAACCACUCAGCUACCAAGGUGCUCCCUUUGCCUCUGUGUCUCUGUAUUAAAUCCUGCUUGCAGACCUGCUUCAAAGUGAAUUUUCACCUUGCAUUAUUCAUGCAAAUUGAACAGAUGGAGUCAUUUCAGUCCAUCCAAACAGCCAGUGCACUGACUGUACAGUUGUUAGCUGUAAGCAGCUCACAUUAUAUGCACAGAGUGUGUGACUGAUCUCAGUACUGACCAAAAACUCUUCUUUGUCUUCUGUUCUGGAUGUUUAUAGUUGAACAUAAAGUCACAUUCUUCUAUCUGAUGCUUAUUCUCGCUGGUGAAUUUGAGUCAUUGCUUUAUGUGCAGUGCACCACAAACAUUCGUUGAUAGUUAAAACUCAUUCAUGUGUUCUAUAACAAUGGUGCCAUGCUAGGCGGCGUGACAACAACCAGCUCUGAGCCAAGUGUGAGUGCUGAUUAUGGCUUCAACUCUCUUCAUUUUGCCUUUAUUUCAAGAAUCCAAUUUAAUCUGUAAUUUUAUUUAACCUGACAUGAACAAAGUUAGCUGGAUAAGAAUUUGUAGGAUAACUUUAGCUGGCUCAUGUUUGCCUGGAUUAAUUAAACCAUGUAAAUAACUUUUAAAUAAUCACAUUCACACUCACAACUCUGUCCUGUGAUUUUUGAAGUGUAUUUUUACAGAUCAUAUGUAAUAUAACCCCUACUGGCAUGUGAUUUGUAUAUCUUGUCUUUUUUAUGUUAAUAACAUGUCUGUGUAAUGAAAUGAACCCCCUCCACCCUCUAAUGAGCCAUAAUCCCU